GCCAAGUGAAAGUUUAAAAGUGAAUACAAUCAUACGGUGGUUACAGCAGAUAUUUUGCAUGCAGGGUAUCGACCAGGAGAAUCAGUCACAGUACUCCGCUCGCAGUGUGUAUGUACAUUGUACUGAUGCUGGGAGGCACGUGGGUUCGCGUCGUGUUUGAUGGAAGCAUCGGCCUGGUAUCUUGGGUCAAUUCCGUCGGGUUGCGACAAGUCAGUUUCGACCCGCACAACGCAUGCAAGACGCCGCUCGGGAUAUCUAUGAUCUACGGUGUGGCAUUUAAGCCCGCCCACGGCCGGUCUGCUCCAGCUUCCGAGCAAGUCUCCUUUGCAGUUCGUCUCCCUUUUCCCACGUCCGACUCCACACGCGACGCGUCGCCAGCAACAUCCUUCCACAACAAGAACCCACCAUGCCGCCAAAGAAACGUCCCCUUGAGGUCAUUGACCUGACAGAUGACGAUCCCGUUGUGGGAAAGUCCGCAAAGCCUCGCUUUUCGGGACCGUCAAGCCAAUCCUCUCUGUACAAUGGGUCAUCACAGCGCGGACAAGGCCAGUCAUCCUAUGCCUCGUCCUCCCAGCCACUAUCUGGAAGUCAACGCUCUGGGCACGGAUAUUCUCAGAGCUCUUUUGCGGACGACGAACCUGAGGUUCUAGACCUCACCCAAGUCGAUGACGGUCCAGCUCUUCAGCUUUAUGGGACCACCGACAAUAAGAUCGUCGGUUGCAGAUACUACGAUGGGAUUGUCAGCCCAGGCGAGCUCGUUGUUCUUCGAAGGGAACCUUCCAACCCGUACGACCGCAACGCUGUGAGAGUCGACAAUGUCCUUGGGUCUCAAGUUGGGCAUCUGCCUCGCAAGCUGGUAGAAAAACUCGCGCCUUAUAUGGACUCGGGAGACGUCCUAGUCGAGGCAUCGAUCCUCGGAGAGAAAGGCUACUUUGACUGUCCCGUGAAACUGACUCUCUACGGCUCGGCCGACCCAAUCGCGAGGGCCUCCCUGGAGGAGCGCCUGAAAUCUGACAAGCUGCUGAAAGCCACUCAGUUGAAACAAACCAGGCCCAAACCACCAGAACCGCCUCGAAAGAAUGUGAUGGGCCUCAAGAGUAGCCAGUCAAGGGCUGGGCUCCCUGCCGAGCCCGAGUUAUCCCUCGAUCAGCUCGCCCAGCUCAGCCAGGCCGUGCAGUUCAGGAGUGGCGACGACAAUCUCAAGACGUUCGCGAUGGACGAGGAGGCCUUGUCCAAGUUGCCUCAGGCGGAGCAGCCGCAAGAAAUGCGGUCGACCCUGCUCCCGUACCAGCUGCAAGGUCUCGAGUGGUUACGCUCGAGAGAGAAUCCACAAUUCCCUCCUCAGGGCUCUUCUCAUGUCACGCAACUGUGGAAACGAGAUUCUCGAGGGCGCUUCACCAACAUUGCUGCCAAUUUCACCACGGCACGGACUCCAACUCUGGCCAAGGGAGGAAUUCUUGCAGACGAUAUGGGUCUCGGAAAGACACUGCAGAUGUUGAGUCUUAUUCUGUCCGACAAGAAGGGGGCGGGACCGACUCUCAUCGUGGCUCCUGUGUCUGUGAUGAGCAACUGGGAACAACAAGCUUAUCAACACACAAAGAGCGAACAUGUGCCCAAAAUCCUCAUUUACCACAGGAGGAAGGCGACAGUCCAAGAGAUGAUGAAGCACAACAUCGUCGUCACCAGUUACGGAACCCUGGGAUCAGAUCAUAUCAACAAGGGUCCGCUUUCAUCGGCCUCUUGGCGCCGUAUUAUCCUGGACGAAGGACAUACAAUCCGCAACGCCAAGACGAAGGCUGCCCUGGCGGCCUGCGGUUUGAAGGCAGAAUCAAGAUGGGUUCUCACAGGGACGCCGAUCGUCAACAAUAUCAAGGAUCUCCAUUCAUUAGUUAAGUUCCUCGGGUUGACGGGAGGUAUCGCCGAUGAUCUGGUCUUCAACGCCGUCAUUACCAGGCCUCUCAACCUGGGGGAUUCCCGGGCUGAAGCCUUGCUGCAGUCUCUGAUGCAGGAUCUGUGCCUCAGACGGAAGAAAGACAUGGCAUUUGUAGACCUGCGACUCCCGCCAAAAUCCGAGUAUGUUCACCGCAUCGCCUUCAAGCCGGAUGAGAAAAAGAAGUACGACGCUCUUCUAUCCGAGGCCAAAGGCGUCCUCGAGAAGUUCCAGUCGAAACAGAAACAAGGGCAGAAGGCCGGCACGUUCCAGCACGUCUUAGAGCAACUCCUGCGACUCCGCCAAACCUGCAACAGCUGGACACUUUGCAAGGAACGAAUCGUGGAUCUUCUCAAGACUCUCGAGGACCAGGAUGUGGUCGUCCUCAACGACAGGAACCGCAAUAUCCUGCAGAAGGCACUCCGCCUCUACAUCGAGAGCCAGGACGAAUGCCCCAUCUGCCUAGAUACUCUAUCAGCGCCGAUGAUCACUCACUGCAAGCAUGUCUUCUGUGGAGAUUGCAUCCGCAAGGUCAUCCAGACCCAAUCAAAGUGUCCCAUGUGCCGCACUCCUCUGACCGAGGAACAGCUGCUCGAGCCCGCGCCUGAGACUGCCGGCGAGGAAGAGGGAGACAAGCCUCAGGCAGAGACGCAGAGCUCAAAGACGGAGGCGCUACUGAAGAUCCUGCAGGCGACACUCAAGAACAAGGGCUCCAAGGUAGUGAUAUUCUCGCAGUGGACCUCAUUUCUGACUAUCAUUGAGCAGCAGCUCAAGGAGGCCGGGUAUGGGUACACUCGCAUCGACGGGUCAAUGACUCCUUCAGCGCGGGACAGCGCAAUGCGUGCCCUCCAGAAGGAUCCGAGCACGCGCAUCAUGCUCGCGUCACUGGCCGUCUGCAGUGUCGGGCUGAAUCUGGUUGCGGCAGACACGGUGGUCUUGACGGACUCUUGGUGGGCGCCGGCUAUCGAAGACCAGGCGGUGGACCGUGUCCACCGGCUGGGUCAAACACGGCCGACCACCGUGUGGCGGUUGGUGAUGGAGGGCAGCGUGGAGGAACGCGUGCUGGACAUCCAGGCCGAGAAGAGGCAGCUGGUUGGAAAGGCCUUCAAGGAGAAGGUACAGGGCAAGAAGGCCAAGGAGACAAGGAUGGCGGAUAUCAUGAAGUUGCUGACCUGAAGGACGACUCGCUGGCACAGUGUGUAUUUGUGUGCAAGGAUUCGCUGUUGCGCUUUCUGCAUUCGAAAUAAGAUCAGACGAGGCGGCAUUUUGCCAAAUGUAGUGGACAUCUUGGAGGUGAUACAAUACUAAGCUGGUUUCGCUUCCA